AUGGAACUUCACUUCAUGAACGAGGACAUCCUCAACACUAUCGCUCGCGAUCACCACAGCAAACCCAUUUUUCGUAUCGCCACAUCCUCUGCGCUUGUGCCAAUCAAUCGCACUACGACUAUAUCGCGCUUUGAGCCGGCCGCGCACGCAGAUACAAAACUCGACGAGGUAUCAAAAACUGCAGCCGUAGAGGAGGAUGCGGAUCUCGACCAAUAUGAGGAGCACGUCGUCGCGCAGAUCGUUUGGCAUGGGAUGAAGCAGAGUGUGUUCAAAUUUGCUGGGGAGGAAGUGUCGCUCAAGGUGGACGAGUACCUCCCCCCGACGUCAAUGAUGAAGAGGAGACGAAUCUUGAAUUCUUCCCGCGGUGACGCAUACCAGUGGGCGUCGGAUGAGCAGCACUGCUGGCUGGAGGAAGCGCCUUCGCGCCCUAGCAGCAAGGGUGUCACCGUAGCCAAAUUCCACAAAUCUGUCGCCGGGCUCAGGCAGAAUUGCAAGCAUCCACGCCUGGACCUGGACCAAAGUCUGUUGCCGAUCUUGGACGAGGUCAUCGUGUCAUUCAUCUGGUGCGAGCGGAGGCGAACUGAGCGAGAGGUCAAGUCGGCUAUCGGAAGUUUGUCUCAGCACCUGUGA